CCCUCAAAGGGUGGCAACUGCAAGUUCACUACGGGGUAGCUUCAGACAGGUUGUGGAAGUCCUACAUUCUUCGCCCAGUCGAAUUAGGUUGGACUUAAUCCUCCCGGAUUUUGUCUAAAUUGACGGUCAGACAAACAGUUAAACGGGCAGCAGUGUUGAUCAAGACACAGAAUGGCUGCAUUGCAUCGUCUGGGGCAGUGCCACUUCACGCGCAUUGCUAUCUCUCAUUUUCACACGAGCAGCCGUGCCUUUGCCAAACAGCACUACAAAAUGCUUGUGCUGGGAGGAGGAAGUGGGGGCAUUUCAAUGAGUGCACGAAUGAAGAGGAUGAUGGGAGCUGAGAAUGUGGCUGUUGUGGAGCCCAGUGAGAUGCACUACUAUCAGCCAAUAUGGACCCUGGUUGGUGCUGGUGCAAAAACUUUAAUCUCAUCCAGUCGUUCCACUGCAAGUGUUAUGCCGUCUGGAGUGAAGUGGGUGAAAUCUAAAGUUCAGGAAAUAAACCCAGACACAAAUACUGUACGCACAGACGAUGGGUCUGAAAUCUCCUAUGAGUAUUUGAUUGUGGCUCUUGGUUUACAACUGCAUUUUGAAAAGAUCAAAGGACUGCCAGAAGGAUUUGAACAUCCAAAGAUUGGGUCAAACUACUCAGUCCAAACUGUGGAGAAAACAUGGAAAGCACUGCAGGACUUCAAAGAGGGCAAUGCUGUGUUCACUUUCCCAAAUACUCCUGUGAAAUGUGCUGGAGCUCCACAGAAGAUCAUGUAUCUAACAGAUGCCUUUCUCAGAAAAACAGGAAAAAGGGAUAAGGCCAAUAUAAUAUACAACACAUCCCUACCUGUGCUUUUUGGGAUCAAGAAAUAUGCUGACUCAUUGUGGGACAUUGUGAAACAGCGUGACCUACAAGUGAACCUUAGGCAAAACCUGAUUGAAGUGCGGGCAGACAAGAAAGAAGCUGUAUUUGAAAAUCUUGACAAACCAGGCGAAACCAAAGUGUUUGAGUAUGAAAUGCUUCAUGUCACACCACCAAUGGGACCCAAUUUGGUGAUUAAAGGCAGUCCGCUGGCAGAUGAGGCUGGCUGGUUGGAUAUCAACAAAGACCACCUACAACAUAAGAGGUAUCCCAAUGUGUUUGGGAUAGGAGACUGUACCAACCUGCCCACAGCCAAAACGGGUGCUGCUGUCGCUGCACAGACUGCGAUCUUAAAUAGAACCAUCAGCAAAAUACUGAAAAAUGAAAAGCCAGAUAAGAAGUAUGAUGGCUACACCUCAUGUCCGUUGGUUACAAGCUACAACACAGUGAUUCUAGCAGAGUUUGACUACAACGGACAACCACUGGAAACAUUCCCCAUCAACCAAGCCAAAGAAAGAAGAACCAUGUAUCACAUGAAAGCUGAUGUGAUGCCUCAUCUCUAUUGGCAUGGGCUUCUACGGGGCCUGUGGGGUGGACCAGGACCAUACAGGAAACUCUUUCAUCUUGGGAUGAAAUGAAACCUCACCAUCAGUUUGCAAGUAAAUAGCUAUAUUCCCUAAACUAUUAGGGAAAGAAGUAGCACAUUAAAUCCAUCAUGCUCAAAAAGGGUGGACACAUACUGUAUGGUGGCUAGUGUGGUGGUAAUAUGUAUGACCUGGACAUCAUGAUUAAUCACAACAAGUUUGAUGAAGUUAUCAUGAAUAUUUAAAUAUCUAGAUUUAGUUAAACCUGCAUUAAGUGGUGCAUUGAUAUUACCAUGGAAUAAAAUGACUCUCUGUAAUGAGAGAGUAGAAAACACUGAGAAUUAACACUCCACUCUGCAGUUCUAUGUAGCUUUUAGCUGCUUAUAUGUCAAUCUUUUGGUUCGUUUGACGGCACAUUGAGGUCUUGCACUCAAUUAAGUCAGUUGGUUUCCCCUCAGUCCCACUGCCUAACUGAAGUUAGCCAGGCUCUUCUUCCCUUCUUGCUGCAGAGUAUAUAAUAUAGGUUAUGUUGUCCGUUUUACAUUGAAUAAACUACCCAAUUAGUAUUUUUUUAAUUGGCCAUAGCAUAAAUAAACAAUUAAAAAUGUUGAUGUUUUUGGUAUAUUACAUGAUCAUUUGUUUUUUUCAGGGAUGCUCAACGCUAUAGCUGCAAUUGUUGUGUUGAUAGUAUUUCCUAAUUACAGUAUACAAAAUAUAGUCUUUUUCAGAUUGCUGCACUAACAAUUGUGUAUAUUGACGGAAGUCAGUUAUUGUGUAUUUUCUUGCCAUUUUAGGAUCUUAAUAGUCUUCAGGUUUGUCUCUAACUUAAAUGCUAAAGCAUCCAGUUUUUCUUUUUUUUUUUCACAGUACUAUGUUAAUCAUUUGUACGAGUGAUUUUCUUUGGGAGUGCUUGACCAUUAACAUGCAAGUGCUUUUCUUACACUUAAACAUCAAUGUCAGAAAUAUAGUUUUGUACAUGGUGAUUAUUUUUCCACAAGUGCUUAACUGAGAUAUUAAACAUCUUGGUGGUUAUACAGUCAGUGCAAACUUCAUUAUUGUAUUAAUCUUUGAUCAUUAAAAUGAGUGUAUACAUAAAAA